AUGUGGCUGAAAUCCAAAAUGAAAGAGCAUAUAGGCAAGUAUAAAAGCCAAGCAAUCUUCAUCUGCUUCUCUCUCCUUCCCAUUCAAGGAUCUGAUUGUACAGAAAUAUUUGCUGCAAAUUCUUCCCUCAAAAGUGGUGCUUACAAGAUCCAACCAAAUGCAUCUUCUGAUCCUUUUGAGGUGUUCUGUGAAAAGCGAGAAAAUGAAGGAUGGACUGUUAUCCAGCGACGCAAUGGGAAAGGCGCAGAUGGGAAUCCUGUGAAUUUUGGGAGGCCUUGGGAUGACUACCAAAGAGGAUUUGGACAUGUCAAACAUGAACACUGGCUGGGGCUGGAACACAUGCAUGAUCUCACCAAUCAGAGAGACAAAACAUGCCAGCUCCUGGUGGAUAUGUUUAACUGCAAAGGGGAAUGGGGCUAUGCUUUCUAUGACAGCUUCAGCAUUGGCAGUGAACAUGGAAAUUACUCCAUCUUUUUAGGAAACUACAAGGGAAAUACAGGAGAUGCAUUUAGAGGAGACCACCAGUCUGGGAGUCAAAAUGCUCAUCCCUUCAGCACGCCGGAUAGUGACAAUGACGACUGUGACAUCUGUCUAAGGGGGGAUGAGGCAUUCAGCAGCUGUGCUGGGCAGCUCUAUGGCUCUGGAUGGUGGUUCAGCAACUGCGGCCAGGCAAAUCUCAAUGGAAACUGGCACCCCAGCAGUGAUUGCGUGGGCUGGGUGUCUGGCAUAUACUGGGAAACAUGGAGGAAGUCUUAUUCGUUAAUUUUUAGUGAGCUCAAGGUGAAAUGUACCUUGCAGGAAUAA